GGUGUUUGUUUCCUUGUGAUCUGUUUUAACGGUUAUUUGUAAAAAGGAAUACAGUGUGUGUGGUUGGAUACUAUCAUUGCAUCGAUCUGAUAAAGUUGAAUUGAAGGACUAUCUAUAUUUUUGUAGAAUGGAAAGAAAACUAAGAAGUGAAAGGUUAUGUUACAACAUUGCAAAUCGGAGUCGAUUGGCGAAGCCUGUUUUCAUACACUGUAAUAUAGACGAAACACUUACCCCAACUUCAUGCUGUAAAAUUGUAACAGAAACUCCAAAAUAUAUCCUUUGCAAUAAGUUGAUUCCUUAUCCUUACUAUACGUUAAAGAAUGCUGCAGAAAACUUCAACACUGUAAGUUAUAAUGUUAAAGUUUGUGUUCAUGGUCGUGUAUUUUGUGGUUAAUGACUGAAUUGAAUGUGGAAGGCGGGUAGAAUUGCAAAUUAUGGUGCAAGUUUCUUAAAGUUAACUGAGUAUAACCACGUAGGCGCAUAUGUGUGGGAUGAAAACCCACUCUGGGCUUCGAAGUUCCAUAACCUGUAAUUGUUCGACGGAGCAAUCUGGACACACUCAGAGCAGAAAAGCUGUGCGGAUGAAACGACACCACAAGAAGAUGGUUGAAGCGUACAGAAACUUUGAGAGUAUUUUUCAGAACGUUCAACUGGAACUCCAGAACUCUGUUGCUUGUGGUGAUGCGGUUGAGGAGGUGGUACUGCUGAUCGGUGCCACGUCGCGGAGUCCGCGAGAAGUUUACAGGAUAGUCAUACCGCCCGUGUCGUGCGUGGAGUCGGACCAGAAGCAAAGUGAAAACAGGAUUCGUCUGAACUUACUUCGGUGCGUGGUCCUGUCGGAAGAUCUCACGGACAUGCUGGACCGGUCCAUCGGCCUGACGAACAUGUACGUGAUGCUGAAGAAGAGACGCGGGACGAGCUCACACUGGUUUGUACCAGAUGAUUCCUACGGUCUCCCACUCCGUGGGCGGCAAGCCGUGAUUUUUCUCGGCGAGCAAGUGGGACGGCGGGUCGACACUGAUGCUGUUUGUAAGGAAGUGGCCAAACCCCGAACUCCAGAUACCAGUAAGACUGUAGAAGCCGAGACGAACCUCGACGGACAGCGGGGGCCGCUGUUGGAGUUGAUUGACGGUCUGCACAUCAAUCCUAGGGGUACGCAGUGGUUCCAGUCUCGCGUCUGUUUGAAAGGCUUCAGGCUUGUCUGUCUGUAGUAGCGCGCGGACCAGACGUGUUUCGACGCGACGAGUCUUUUAUGCAGUCAUCGUGAAUUUCCAUUCCGCAGGUUCGCUCCGCACAUGAACAGUCGUGCAAACCGGGAAAACUGUUAUGAUAUUGAUAUGAUUUUAUUUUUAUCAAAUAAUUAAGAUUUAUAUUUACAUCGAGCAUUGAAAAUGGCGAAAUUUUGUGAUGGCGUUUUUACUCUUUUAUGUGCUUUUGUUUUUGGCGUGAUCGAGAGUCGAUUUGGUAAUUUUUUUGAAUUGCACGUCCAGAUGUUUUGUUUUAGUAUUUUAGUGUACGAGGGUUGCGUCUGGGCGCGUAAUGUUUUAAAAUACCCCGGAAAUUUUAAUUGCCUGAUUUUUUGUUGUUGAUGUUAAACCAAAGAUUAAACUCUCGCAUAUUCUCGGACAUUUCUUUGAUUUUCUCCCCCCCACCCCACCCAAUUACAGUAAUUAAGAAAGAUGCAUGUUUCAAAAGCCAACUCUUGCUUCCAUCGUCACUCAAAACUCUACGACCUAAUCACUUGGUUCCGUUGGAUGAGCCAUGUGAUUUAUCUUUAAGAUGCCAUUGAAGCGGAAGAUUUUGUUUUCGUUAUUCGGUGUAAAUUUAGAUUGAUUGUGACUGAAUUUAAUAAAUGUGCCAGUUAAAAUGAUGGAUCUGGAAAUAUUACUGUAGAAGAAGAAGAAGAAUUUUUUUUCUUGGCGUCUCACUGAUAAGUGAUUGCGUGUCACUUCCAAAUUGAAAAAUUUAUUUGGAACAGUCGAAAGAUGUUUUUUUGGUCUCGUCAACAGCGCGACGAGUCGAGACGGGUUUCAGUUCGUUAUGGCGAGCGAUGAAAAUCUUGACAAGUCUCGUGAAUUUGCGAGACUUUUUCAGUGGCGUACAAGCAGAAUUUGAGGCUUAUUCUCCAACUGAACGGACGUAAACACGCAUGUCCUGCAGUUAAUUUACAAGUGCCGAGAGGUCAGGUUAGGUUAGAAGAUUUCUGUCUUCUGGGUUGUUGCGCUGUGUCAUCUUAGGUUAGGUUUCGUAACCCUUUUUUCUCCCGUGGCGGCGUUUCGGACAUGCAGUACGAGUGAUUACAUCAAUUUGGUUUUGAUGUAAUUGUAUCCUGUCGGCGGAAGUCUGAACCACUUUUUCGCUGUAAACCGUCGCAUUAUGAUCUUAAGGCGCAAGAAAAUGACACGUGGAACAGCUGACUCUGUAACGAAAGAUGGAAUUUUUUGGAAUUGGCUUUCUUUGGUGAUUUGUGAUGCGACUCUGUGGUCAGAUGACUUAAGCCUGUUUUCAAACGAUUCACGUACUUUUUCUGGAUCAGUGUGACGUCUCGCUUUUAUGUCGAUUCCACUUUUUUGUGGCGCGACGUACCAGAUGACGGCUGCCUCCUGAGAUCUUGGUGUUUUUUAGGGUCUGGUAAGUUUUUUUUUUACUUGUUACGACUGAUUUCGGAGCGGAAGGCUUUCGGACGCCUCGUCGCCCGGGCGCGCAGCGGACACUGGCCAAUGAAUUUUCAAGUGGUGUAAUGGCUUUAACGGAGAGACUUUUUUAUUUUAUUUUACAUGCUUUUGAAUAAAUCCUUUUAUUUAUUUUGUUUCUUA